UUCUCUAUGAUUUUUGACAUUUGACGUAACAUUUCUGUUCUUAUUGCCCAUUUUAUUACGUAAAUCGGAGGGCAAAAUUUCCGAUAAAGUGCAAGGAUUUCAAGAAAAAUGUUGACCGUAGCUUCGACUUUGAGACUAGUCUCAAAACAGGGUAAUCAGGUACGCCUCUUGGCUACUGCCGCUGGCCACAAACAGGUGCUAGUAAAUGUACCUCCGACAAAGCUUACAGUGCUCGAUAAUGGAAUCCGCGUUGCCUCCGAGGAUUCCGGCGCUCCUACAGCUACUGUAGGAUUAUGGAUCGACGCAGGUUCAAGGUAUGAAACCUCAAAGAACAAUGGGGUCGCCCAUUUCCUUGAACACAUGGCUUUCAAAGGCACCACCAAAAGAUCUCAGACAGAUCUGGAAUUGCUUGUUGAAAACAUGGGAGCACAUUUAAACGCCUAUACGUCUCGAGAACAGACCGUAUUCUACGCGAAGUGCCUCGCGAACGAUGUGCCCGCUGCAAUUGAAAUCCUUGCUGAUAUCAUACAGAACUCUUCACUUGCUGAACCCGAAAUCGAACGAGAACGCGGUGUUAUACUGCGGGAGAUGCAGGACGUCGAAAGCAACCUCCAGGAAGUUGUGUUUGACCAUCUUCAUGCUACUGCUUUCCAAGGAACACCUCUAGGCCAAACUAUCCUUGGGCCAACCAAGAAUAUUAAGAAAAUCUCUAAAGCUGACCUCCAGGCAUACAUCAAAAAUCACUACCAACCCACUCGUAUUGUGCUUUCUGGAGCUGGUGGAGUAGAGCACGAGAAACUAGUUGACCUUGCUAAGAAGCACUUCAGUGGAUUGAAGAAUACUGCUGCGCCUGUUGAGUUGGCACCAUGCCGUUACACUGGUUCAGAAAUCCGUGUCAGAGAUGACUCAAUGCCUCUAGCUCACAUUGCUGUGGCCGUAGAGGGCGCUGGCUGGACUGACGCUGAUAACAUUCCUCUCAUGGUAGCCAAUACUCUUAUUGGAGCUUGGGACCGUUCACAGGGUGGCGGUGGCAACAAUGCCUCCUACCUCGCCCGUGCUGCAUCCUGCGAGAACCUCUGCCAUAGUUUCCAGUCUUUCAACACAUGCUACAAAGACACUGGUCUAUGGGGCAUUUACUUUGUGGCUGAACCUUUACAAAUUGAGGACAUGCUGUACAACAUUCAGAAAGAAUGGAUGAAGCUGUGUACGUCUGUCACGGAGGGAGAGGUUGAGCGUGCCAAGAACUUGUUGAAAACUAACAUGCUCCUCCAGCUUGAUGGAACUACCCCAGUUUGUGAAGACAUUGGUCGCCAGAUGCUUUGCUACAACAGGCGUAUUCCAAUCCACGAGCUUGAUGCCCGCAUCAACUCGGUAUCUGUUCAGAAUGUCCGCGAUGUCUGCUUCAAAUACUUGUUUGACCGUUGUCCUGCUGUUGCUGGCGUAGGUCCAGUAGAAGGCCUCCCUGAAUACACAAGGAUUCGUGGUGGAAUGUACUGGGCCAGAGCAUAAGUUGUCGUAGUGUAUUUUAGAAUUCUUAUUUAAAUCAAUGAUUAAGAAAAACACAUUAAAAACUUCACCUAAUGUCUGUUGUUUUAUUGAAAUAAAACAAAUGUCUUUGGUGUAAUUGUGUAUUUAUUAUAGAAGAUGUAAGUAAAUAAAAUGUGUAAAUAAACCAAUUUGUUUUUAAAA